GUCUUUUCAUUAUCGUGAAAGGCCGACUGAAACAGCCCUGUAUCAUGCACAUGUCAAAGAAUAGCCUUAUAUUUUUCACUUUUGUAAUCUUAUAUUGUUUAUCAAUCCUUAUAGAUUACAACACUGUGGUCUGUGUUCCAGUAAAGGGGUUUGAACAGCAUGGUGGUCAUACCGUCAAACUUAGUAACCAACAAUUCGGUGCACUUCCAUUUCACCACACGAAUGAGUGGCUUUCUAACCUUGCGGAACUCAGCCCAGAGACCAUAAAUGGUGUAAUGGAUUCACUGGAUUUUAUAAAGGAAGGGGAUAUUUUUAUACAAUCUGACAGAAAUGCUGUUGAUGUGGUAUGGCCAAGUGAAAAUGGAACUGUGUCUGUGCCCUACAUAAUCGCACCAGACUUGGCUUCCAGGACUGAUGAUAUUCUAGAAGCUAUGAACAUGAUCUCAAACAAAUCCUGUGUCACAUUCCAUCAACGUGAAAAUGAGAUUCACUACUUAAGCUUCAAGUCUCAUCGUGGAUGUGCAUCUUAUGUUGGGUUCAUUGGCGGAGAACAGUAUAUCUACGUCGGCCGUUACUGUACUGUGGGCAACAUUUGUCACGAGCUGCUGCAUGCCCUCGGCUUCCAUCAUGAGCACUCACGAACUGACCGAGACGACCACAUCGAAAUAAAGUUUGAGAACGUAAUUAUAGGAAAAGAAAGGAAUUUUAGGCGGGUGGACGGAGACCAGUUGGACUUACCAUAUGACCUUGACUCCAUUUUGCAUUACGGAAGGUGGUUCUUCUCCUCCAAUGGAAAGGCCACAGUUGUUUCAAAAAGGGAUGAUGUAGAAAUUGGCCAGAGGACUCACCUAAGUGAACUUGAUGUACGAAGGCUUCAAAAACUAUACGAAUGUGACACUACUCACUCUGAAACAACAGACACAGCUCACUCUGAAAUAUUUCCAUGAAGCCAGGGAGGAGAGAAGACCACAGUACAAGGAUGUCUGUUUGAAGUGCCUUUUGGAAGAUAUGCGAUGGACACUGGUAUGCAUUAAAUAUGUCCAGUAUGAAAUGACUCAUAAUGCUUUGCCAUAAAGUAUUUUCA